CAGUGUCACGUCAAGCGCCCUGCCCUCUCCCAGCUGCCUUCAGUUUUCCCACCGUCUCAUAUGGGUGUCAUGGGGUUGACUCCCCCUUCGGCCGUGUGCUGUUUCUAAGGGACGCAAUAAGCACUGCUUAUCCGGACAGGCAUCAGAUCAUUCCGGAUCGCUUUUGAUCGUGACGUUGGAUACAUUAAUUGUUACCGGCGUGAAGAUGACUCGUGCAGCUGUGCGCGUUCCCAGGCAACCCCCGUCAUGAACGCGCACUGAACGCGCUCACUCUCCGUUUCAUUUCGUCUGUUAGAGCCGCAAAACAUUAGGCAUUGACUAUGGAAAGCUGAGCCUCGUUCAUUCAUAGACCGAAAACAGUCAAUCAAAGGUCAUUCAGAGCAGCCAGAAAACAAAAGGCUUUUAUUCACACCACAUUUGUGGUUCUCGACAAGGCCUAGGCCAUGGGCGGAGCCAAGAGUAAACCCAAAGAGAUCAGCCAGCGCUCCCGGAGUCUGGACGAUGGCACCGGAGGACACCACUCUAGUCCCAACCCGUCAUCCUUCACCCCCAACCGAAGUCCUCCGGUGGACGGUAGCAGACGCGGCACCCAGCCCAUGAUCAACGCAGAGCAGGCGCUGUUUGGAGGAGUGAUCUCCACUACCAUCACAUCUCCUAACAGAGGCGGCAUGUUAGCGGGCGGUGUGACCACGUUUGUGGCUUUGUAUGACUACGAGUCACGAACCGCCUCCGAUUUGUCAUUCAGGAAAGGAGAACGACUCCAGAUUGUCAAUAACACGAGAAAGUUGAACCCCAGGGAGGGUGACUGGUGGCUGGCUCGCUCGCUGACGACAGGGGAGAGUGGAUACAUUCCCAGCAAUUAUGUGGCACCGUCUGAUUCCAUCCAGGCUGAAGAAUGGUACUUUGGAAAAAUCACACGCAGGGACUCGGAGCGACUCCUCUUGAGUCUGGAGAACAGGAGAGGAACUUUCCUGGUCAGAGAGAGUGAGACAACCAAAGGUGCCUACUGUCUUUCCGUCCUGGAUUACGACAAUGUCAAGGGCCUAAAUGUCAAACAUUACAAGAUCAGGAAGCUGGACAGCGGGGGGUUUUACAUCACAUCACGCACUCAGUUUAGUACUUUACAGCAGCUGGUCAACCACUACCGCCAGCACGCAGACGGCCUGUGUCACUGUCUGACUGACGUGUGUCCAGUCCUGAAGCCUCAGACUCAGGGUCUGGCACGGGACGCCUGGGAGAUCCCACGUGACUCUCUGAGACUGGACGUCAAACUGGGCCAGGGCUGUUUCGGAGAGGUCUGGAUGGGCACCUGGAAUGGCACGACACGCGUGGCCAUCAAGACCCUGAAGCCGGGCACGAUGUCUCCCGAGGCCUUCCUGCAGGAAGCGCAGGUGAUGAAGAAACUCCGCCACGAGAAGCUGGUGCAGCUGUACGCUGUCGUCUCCGAGGAGCCCAUUUACAUCGUCACUGAGUACAUGGGACAAGGAAGCCUGUUAGAUUUCCUGAAGGGUGACAUGGGGAAAAUGCUGCGGUUGCCUCAGCUUGUGGAUAUGGCGUCUCAGAUCGCCUCUGGAAUGGCGUACGUGGAAAGAAUGAACUAUGUGCACAGGGACCUCAGGGCUGCCAACAUCCUGGUGGGUGAGAACCUGGUGUGUAAAGUCGCUGACUUCGGCCUUGCUCGACUCAUCGAGGACAACGAAUACACAGCCAGACAGGGAGCAAAGUUUCCCAUCAAGUGGACUGCGCCAGAGGCGGCUCUGUACGGGCGCUUCACCAUUAAAUCUGACGUGUGGUCGUUUGGCGUCUUACUGACGGAGCUGACGACCAAAGGCAGGGUGCCUUAUCCAGGUAUGGUGAACCGGGAGGUGCUGGACCAGGUGGAGCGCGGGUACAGGAUGCCCUGUCCCGCCGAGUGCCCGGACUCCCUUCACGAGCUCAUGCUGACCUGCUGGCGCAAGGAGCCCGAAGAGAGGCCGACCUUCGAGUACCUCCAGAGCUUCCUGGAAGACUACUUCACCUCCACUGAACCACAGUACCAGCCCGGCGAGAACCUCUAGAGAUUCCCAUCCAGCCAAGUGUGCAAGCAGUGAAAGAGAUAUCAUUUCCCCAA